AACAAGUAUAGAAAAAUAAGAAAUAAGAAGUUCACCGCGGGUUUUCAAUGCUCUGCGCUCUAGCGGCUGCAAAACAAAAUGUGUAUGCCUUGUCAUAUUUACGGUUGCAGUAAUCUUAGUCCUUGGUGUGUUGUUUUGACCUCAUUAUUGGACUGUGUUUGGAAGGACAUAAACGUAAAUGUCAUUCUCACUUUUAUAGUAUGUCUUACACUGCGCCUUCUACAAUUUGGAUGCUUACGCCACAUGUAGGAAUCCCGUCUGCGUUAGACUACAUCUUCAGCCGUUACACUGUGGGAGAUCAGCUGGGCAAAGGUGGAUUUGGGGUGGUGUAUGAAGGAACGCGUCUGGAGGAUAAUAUUAAAGUGGCUUUGAAAUACGUCACAAAGACGGAGCAAAUGGAAUGUGUAUUCCUUCCUGAUCAUGCAGAGCCUCUUCCAAAAGAGAUCGCCCUCACCAUCAUGGCGAAUAAAGGUCGAAGAGUGCCAGAGAUCAUCCGGCUGCUGGAGUGGAGGGACCACCCUGACCACUUCGUCAUGGUCCUGGAACGUCCCUCUCCCUGUGAGAAUCUGGUGGAGUUCCUCAGGCGUCACGGUGGAAGCCUGGACGAGGAGAAAGCGCGGCAGAUCAUGUGGCAGGCGACUAACGCCGCACACAUGUGCUGCCUCCGAAAGGUGUUCCACCGUGACGUCAAACUGGAGAACCUUCUCAUCAACAGGAGACAUCCGAAGUCAGGCUGA